AUGACAAGUUCAGAGCAGCCAAAAAAUGAAAAUUGGUGCAAUUUCAGUGACCUUAAGCCAAUUAAAGUAUUCGAAUACCCAGAUCAAGCAUCAAAAAUUAUUUGGAGUGUCAAUUCCAAUAAUAUUAUACAAAUUUCUUCACAAAUUAUCGAAUUAAUAACAACUCACAAAAUAUCUAUCCAAAUGGCGCUUUAUUUGAUUGAUGUUUUUUCACAAAUUCGUGUGAAAGAAAUGAAAUUAUUUUCAGAACUUUAUCAAAAGAUAACAAACAAAUUUUCAUGCAUCAUCCAGCCGAAAAAUGUGAAAUUAACGACGCUUCUGCAUUAUAAAGGUUUCAAAUUUCAAAAUUUCUAUCCUCCAAUGAAAGAAGAAGAAAUUCUGAAUUUAUAUUCAACAGAAUCUCCUUUAUACUAUAUUGCAUGGGAUAAAGUAGAUGAUCUUAAAUCUAAAUUCCCAAAACUUGAUAUUAAUGAGAAAAUAGAUUAUGAAAUCACACCACUUGAUUGUUCAAUUAAAUAUGGCUCAGAAUUGUGUUUCAAUUACUUGAAAAAUUUAGGAGCUAAAUACACAGAUGAAUCCGAAAAAUAUGCUGUUCAAGGCGGAAAUAAUAACAUUUUUAUGCAAAUGAUAGAAGAAGGUAAAUCUUUUGAUAACAUGAUUAAUAUAGCAUUGAAAUAUCGACACUAUGAAAUUGCUGAGUAUCUUAAAUCAAAUUUUUGA